AUGGGUGGGGAGGGAAUCAAACCAGUCGCAGUCGCGGCCGCAGUCAAGCAAAGGGACACACACGAAGCUGCCUCCCUGCCGCGCCGCGCCGCGCCGUGCGAGCGAGAUCUGAGGGCCGCGCGGAAGGAGAAGGGAGACCCGUCCCCGCGAGAUCCCGUCGGGCGCCCUCCCCUCCUCCCCGCCGACGGGGCCGGCGCGGCGAUGGUGCGGCCGGCGGGCCUCCUCGACCCGGCGACGAGGCGGCGCCCGUUCCUCGACCAGCGCCGCCCGUCCUUCCGGCGCCGCUGGCAGCAGCGCCCGCUCUGGGCGCGCCUCCUGCUCUCGCUCCUCCUCGCCCUCGCCUGCGCGCUCCUCCUCCUCGGCCUCGCCGGCUCCCCCGACCCCUCCUCCCCGCCCGCCACCGACUCCUCCUCCUCCUCCGGAUCCGCCGACGCCGACGCCGAUGCCGUCUCCUCCCCUCUCCUCCGCCAGAGAUCUUACCUCGAGGUCAUCACGGACACGCACAACAUGACCGACGAAAUGCUGAACGCUCACUCGCUUUCCCGCCAGCUCAUGGACCAGAUUUCCCUCGCAAAGACCUACAUCACGGUCGCGAAAGAAGCCAGCAACCUGCAGUUCGUGGCGGAGCUUGGUGCGCUGGUGCGGCGGGAGCAGAGCAUCCUCGCGCGUGCUGCGGCCCAUGGUGGAAUGGUAGUCAAGGAGGACGCGGAGAAGGCGAUCAGGGACAUGGCCGUGCUGUUCUAUCAGGCUCAGCAGUUCCGGUACGACAGUGCGGUCACCAUCUUGAAGCUGAAGGGCCAGAUUCUGUCCCUGGAAGAGAAGUCGAAGGCCGAGGCAGACAAGAGCACAAAGUAUGGCCAGAUUGCUGCUGAGGAGCUCCCAAAGGGGCUUUAUUGCCUUGGUGUGCGGUUAACCAUGGAAUGGUUCAAGAGUGCCGAGCUUCAGAGGAAGUUCUUGGAUAGGAGCCCAGCAGUGCAGAGCAAUCUGAGGGAUAACAGCCUCUAUCAUUACUGUGUUUUCUCGGACAACAUCAUCGCUGUAUCUGUUGUCGUCAACUCUACAACUCUGAAUUCAAAGCACCCUGAAAAGAUUGUUUUCCAUUUGGUGACCGAUGAGGUGAACUAUGACCCAAUGAGGGCGUGGUUUGCCCUGAAUGACUACAGAGGGGCCAUUGUGGAGAUACAAAAGGUGGAGGACUUCACCUGGCUAAAUGCUUCGUAUGUUCCUGUCCUUAAACAGCUCCAGGAUGCUGCUACACAGAAUUUCUACUUCUCUGGAAGUGGUAAUCGCGGAACACCAAUCAAGUUCAGAAAUCCAAAGUACUUAUCAAUGCUCAACCACCUGAGGUUUUACAUCCCAGAGAUUUACCCAGAACUGCACAAGGUGGUAUUUCUUGAUGAUGACAUUGUUGUUCAGAAGGACCUAUCAGAUUUGUUUACAAUCAACCUCAACGGUAACGUUAUGGGGGCAGUUGAGACUUGCAUGGAGACGUUCCACAGAUUUCAUAAGUAUCUCAAUCAUUCUCAUCCUCUGAUUCGUGCUCAUUUUGAUCCUGAUGCUUGUGGCUGGGCGUUUGGUAUGAAUGUGCUUGAUCUUGUUGAAUGGAGGAACAAGAAUGUCACAGGUAUAUAUCAUUAUUGGCAGGAACGCAAUGCUGAUCAUACCCUUUGGAAGCUUGGAUCUUUACCACCUGGCCUUCUUGCUUUCUAUGGAUUGGUUGAAGCACUGGACCCAAAAUGGCAUGUCUUGGGGCUGGGCUACACAACUGUCGAUCCUGAUACUAUUAAGGAAGGUGCAGUAUUGCAUUACAAUGGAAACUUGAAGCCAUGGCUGAAAAUUGGGAUGGAGAAGUACAAGGGCUUCUGGGACAACUAUGUGGAUUAUUCACACCCUCUGCUUCAACGGUGCUUCAUGCGCUGA